AUGGCAAGUCUCACCAGGGCCAGGUGGGCCAGGUGCUUGGCCUUCUGCGAGCGUGCGAGGGGCACGAGGAGCGCGCUUGCUCUGGGGGCUCUGGACGUGCGCAAAGUUGCCAUGGGGCAAAGUGCCCCCCAGAAGGAUCACCGCGUCUGGCAUCUGCCGGAAUGGGCCAAGGAGGAGAAGCGACCUCCUCGUCAGAUGUGUGCUUUGGGCGCAGCAUUGCUGCUUCCACUGGGUGCGGGCUCGUUGGCAGUGCAUUUCCUGGAUGCCGACACUGAGGAGUCUGAGGAGGCCGAAAUCCCUAGCACGAAAGCAGACCUGUCGCGUCUAAGCUUGAACUGGUCCUUGCACUAUGCCGGUGCACUCCUUUCUUCGGCUGGAGCCAUGCAUUGGGGAAUGCAGUUGGCAGAGAUCGGGGUGCCAAAGCGCAGCGAGUACAUGAGCCUCUACUACCUCUGCCGCUUCAGUGCACCCGCAGUCUUCGUCUUCUUCGGCUGGGUUGGCUCCGUGUUAAGCACGGCCCUGCCCUUCGAGGCAGCCUUGUGGCUGUUGAGUGGGUUUGCUGGCUUGCUCAGCUUCGACUUCUUGGCCGGUGCUUUCCGUAUCACUCCUGCCUGGUGGUUCCGCUGGCGAGCGGGAUUCAACCUCUCCGCCAUCUCCUGCAUCCUCGUGCUGCUACUAAGUGAGCGCAAUCUGUACUUGGGCCAGAAGCCCAAGAUGCGCAUGUGA